AUGGCUUCUCUCAUCGCUCUUUUCUCUAAUCACAUCAAGAUCACUGGCGUAUCGGGCCACAUCGGCUGCCGCGUCCUGACAGAAGCCCUGGCAAGUGGUCACCAAGUCCGGGCUGUGCUGCGGAAAGAGUCUCAAAUGGCCAAGAUCCAAGCACUAGCAUCAGUUCAGCCUUAUCUCUCUCAACUCGAGCUUGUUUUGAUACCCGACGUCACUGUACCAGGUGCCUUCGAUACUGCUGCCGACGGACUCUGGGCUAUCAUUCACGUUGCCUCCCCUACAUUUUCUGGGUUUGGGGAGGUCAAUGUAUCGGAGUUUUGUUCCACAUCGUGGCGUGUCACUCAGAGCGUGCUGGACUUUGCUGCAAAGACGCCUUCAGUGAAGCGGGUAGUGAUCACCUCCUCUAUCAGCGCUAUCAUACCCUUCUUUGAUACAGCAGAACAUGAUACGUCGGGUUUCUACACCAAUCAAUCCCCAAUCUCCAUCGGCGGAAUCGAGUCAUGGCCAGACCAGGCACCCGAAAACGUAGCAUAUGUUUUGUCGAAGAUCUACGUCGCGGAUUGCGUCCGCAAAUACGUCCAGUCGAACGAACCCAAACUACACUUUUCCGUUGUCAACGUCCUUCCAGGGACUACUGUUGGGCCGAAUGAGUUAGCAUCAACUCCCAGAGAGCUCCUAGUUGGCUCAAAUAUGGUUGUGAUGGGGCCACUGCUGGGCAUCAAGUUUGCGCCUAUUCCCUCCGUUGUAUCCCAUGUUGACGAUGUUGCAUUUGCACAUCUCAAGACUCUGAACCUGGAUAUUUCACCAGGAGAUAUUUUCAGCCUUUUACCGGUCUUCAAUUCGAAGGCAGAUCCGACUCUAUUCAAAUGGGACGAUGCAGUGAAUAUUGUCCGGGAGGAAUUUCCUGAAGCAACAAACUGCGGCAUGUUCCCAUUUGGUGGAACUGUUCCUGUAGUGCAGGUUCUGGCUGAUUCUACAGAGGAUGAAAAGAUGCUCGGCAGGAAGUUCAAGGGAUACAGGGAAGCUGUCAUUGACGUCGUUCGGCAGUAUUUGAAGCUAGCAGCGAAAUAA